AUGGGAUUCACCGAGCAACCGCCGCUGAGUUCUCUCGGCUCCGGCGGUGGUUUCGUUCCCGGCGCACCGCCUCCGACCGCGCCGCUAACGUGGAUCAGUGAGAAACGCGCGCAAUCGCCGUCGAGGACGCCCGAGCACGCCCAACCCGCUCUCGCUCCUACGGCUUUCGUGCCUUCAAGCGCUGGUUCUCCGUCGACGCCGAUGAUUCGCGUCCCACAACCGGCAAACGUGACGAUGUUCAACCCGGGAACGAUCGCGCACGAGGUCGCGCCCGUCGCUCUCGGGCCCAGCGUCAGCCACACAAGCGCUUCGAGCGCGCCGCUCGCGUACGCGGCUCCUCCGAGCGUGCACGUCGCUCCGGCGAGCGCCCCGGCUUCGUCGCCGAGCGCGUCGACAGUGACGACGCUGAGAGGAAGGGAGCGGUAUUGCAGCGGUGGCGCGUGGGUCGGGCCGGCCGCGGCUUGGCCGAAACCUCCGCCGACGGCGACGCUGGAGAACGCCGACGUUUCCCGUGUAAGGCAGAAUCAUCUGGGGAUCGUUCGCGUCCUUCGUGAGAAGUAUCACGAAGCGAUGCAAGGCGCGCCACCGGCGCGUCUGAAGGAAUUGGAGGGUAUUUCAAAUAAACUCGGUGGGCUAUUCGUAUUCUUGAACAACACUGGAGCGUCUGUGGACCUGGCGGACGAGAACGCCGUCACCGACCCCGUUGCCGAGGCUCUGGUGACGCUUUCGGAGAGCCUCGCGUCGAACAACACUCCGAUGGUCAACUCGGUGUUGCUUCAUCUCUCGCAAAGACACUGGGAAGAAGUUUCUUAUUGGUUCCCAGCGCUUAAGCGUCUCGCGCGUUUCGCUGCUGAGCGCUGA